AUGCCGGCAAACACCACCACCUUCACUCUGAACAACGGAGUAAGAAUCCCGGCCCUGGGCUUCGGCACCUUCGCCAGCGAGGGCGCAAAGGGCGAGACGUACAAGGCCGUCAAGUGCGCCCUCGAGGUCGGCUACCGCCACCUGGACUGCGCCUGGUUCUACCUCAACGAGGAGGAGGUCGGCGAGGGCAUCCGCGACUUCCUCAAGGAGCACCCCAGCGAGAAGCGCGAGAACAUCUUCGUCACCACCAAGGUCUGGAACCACCUGCACGAGCCCGACGAGGUCAAGUGGUCGCUGGAGAACUCGCUUAAGAAUUUCGGCCUGGACUACGUCGACUGCUUCAUCGUCCACUGGCCCAUCGCCGCCGAGCGCGACGACAACCACAUGCCCAAGAUCGGCGCCGACGGCAAGUACGUCAUCAAGAAGGACCUCACCGAGAACCCGGAGCCGACAUGGCGCGCCAUGGAGUCGCUGCUGGCCAGCGGCAAGACGCGCUCCAUCGGCGUCUCCAACUGGACGAUACCGGGCCUGAAGAAGCUCCUGAGCUUCGCCAAGGUCAAGCCGCAGGUCAACCAGAUCGAGGUGCACCCCUUCCUGCCCAACCAGGAGGUGAUCGACUUCUGCAAGCAGAACGACAUCCUCGUCGAGGCCUAUUCGCCGCUGGGCUCGCAGAACCAGGUCCCCAGCACGGGCGAGAAGGUCCGCACCAACAAGACCCUGAACGAGGUCGCCGAACGCAGCGGACACGACCUGGCGCAGAUCAUGCUGGCCUGGGGUAUCCGCCGAGGCUACGUCGUCCUGCCCAAGAGCUCUACCCCUUCGCGCAUCGAGAGCAAUGCGCAGAUCCCCGAACUGUCGGACGAGGACUUCGAGGCGGUCGAGAGUGUUGCGCGGGGCCGCCACACUCGCUUCGUCAACAUGCAGGACACGUUCGGCUACGAUGUCUGGCCUGAGGAGUCCGCGUAA